GCUGGGGAGCUGGCGGCAGCUCGGCGUGCACAGCCCUGAAUGUUGAGACCUGCUCUGUGGUGACGGCAUGUCGGUGAGGGUGCGGUUCCUGUCCUCCGGGGACCCAGGGGCUGUGGGGGUCGUGGGCCGGAGCGCCUCCUUUGCGGGCUUCAGCAGCGUGCAGAGCCGGAGGAUCGCGAACUCCAUGAGGUCACGAACGCCUGUGAAAUCCUCCAAGAUGUAUGGCACGCUGAGGAAGGGGUCCGUGUGUCCAGACCCCAGGCCACAGCAAGUGAAGAAGAUCUUUGAAGCGCUGAAGAGAGGCCUCAAGGAGUCUCUGUGUGUGCAGCAGGCCGAGCUGGAUUACCUGUCUGGACGCCACAAGGACACCCGCAGGAAUUCCAGGCUGGCUUUCUAUUACGACCUGGACAAGCAAACACGCUCUGUGGAGAGGCACAUUCGGAAGAUGGAGUUUCACAUCAGCAAGGUGGACGAGCUCUACGAGGGCUACUGCAUCCAGUGCCGCCUGAGGGACGGCGCCUCCAACAUGCAGCGGGCCUUCUCCAGGUGCCCGCCCAGCCGCGCCUCCCGCGAGAGCCUGCAGGAGCUGGGCCGCAGCCUGCAGGAGUGCACGGAGGACAUGUGGCUCAUUGAGGGGGCCCUGGAGGUUCAUCUGGGCGAGUUCCACGUCAGGAUGAAAGGCUUGGUGGGCUAUGCACGCCUCUGUCCCGGAGACCAGUAUGAGGUGCUCAUGCGCCUGGGCCGUCAGCGCUGGAAGCUGAAGGGCCGGAUCGAGUCGGACGACAGCCAGACCUGGGACGAGGAGGAGAGGGCCUUCACCCCCACCCUGCACGAGAACUUCGAGAUAAAGGUGACCGAGCUGCGGGGCCUGAGCUCCCUGGCAGUGGGCACAGUGACGUGUGACAUCACCGACUUCUUCCUGACCCGGCCUCAGGGCAUCGUGGUGGACAUCACAGAGCUGGGCACCAUCAAGCUGCAGCUGGAGGUGCUGUGGAACCCAUUUGACACCGAGAGCUGCCUGGUAUCACCUGGGCCCACAGGCAAGUUCUCCAUGGGCAGCAGGAAGGGCUCCUUGUACAACUGGACACCCCCGAGCACCCCCAGCUUCCGGGAGAGAUACUACCUGUCUGUCCUGCAGCCUCCCGCACAGCAGAACUUGCUGCUGGGAGGCCCGAAGGCCACCUCCAUCCUCAGCUACCUGUCCAGCAGUGACCUCCAGGGCCCUGGCCUGCGGAGCCAGAGUCAGGAGCUGCCCGAGAUGGAUUCCUUCAGCUCCGAGGAUCCCCGAGACACCGAGACCAGCACAUCGGCAUCCACCUCCGAUGUCGGGUUCCUGCCCUUGGCCAUUGGCCCCAACACUUCCAUUGAAGAGGAGGCCCCAGAGGAUCCCCCACCCCUGGGCCUGCUGCCGGAGAUGACUCACCUGGCGGGAAACUCGUUUGUGGAGCAGCCUGGCUGGAGGAAUUUGGAAGUAGAGAGCCCCAGCCUGCCACGGGGCUCCCCCUUUCAUAGCCACCCACUCUCCGGUAGCCAGAAAGGCAAUGAUGAAGAAGAACCCGAGGACGGGGUGCAAGGGCUUGGGGUGACUCUCGAGAGGCCCCUGCAGGAGGUUCUGGAUUUACUGAGGUCCUCGGACCUUGCCCGGUCCCAGCUCCGGGAGCUGGAGUGCCAGGUCCUCGGCUUCCAGAACCGGCUGAAGCCCCGCGCCGCCCGCCCGGAGCGCGCCUCUGCCGAGAGCCUGAUGGAGUGCAUCCUGGAGAGCUUCGCCUUCCUCAACGCCGACCUCGCCCCGCACGAGCUGUCCCUGUUUGGGGGCUCCCAAGGUCCCCGGAAGGCCAGGACCCCGCCCCCACCGCCAGCCCUGACCGUGGCACCCGGGGAGCUCAUAGCAGACGCCCCCGAGCUAGACACGCUGCUCACCGCCCACCUGCAAGUCUGCAGAGCUCUGCUGCAGAAACUGGCCUCACCCAACUUGUCAAGGAUAGUGCAGGAAUGCCUUCUGGAAGAAGCAGCACAGCAGACACAGGUUCUGGAGACACUCUCGGUGCUUGAUUUUGAGAAGGUCAGCAAGGCCAAGUCCAUUGAGGAGAUCGUCCCGCAGGCCACACGGAGGAAGGGGUGCCUGAAGCUGUGGAGGGGGUGCACAGAGCCCGGCAGGGUCCUGUCCUGCCCAGCCGCCAUGCUGCUGAGUCAGCUUAAGAAAACCUUCCUGCACAGAGUCAGAGGGAAGCACCCGGGACAGCUGGAGAUCGCGUGCCGCCGGCUACUGGAGCAGGUGCUUAGCUGCAGUGGGCUGCUCCCCGGAGUCGGGCCCCCCGAAGAACAGACGGUCACCUGGUUCCAGCUUCAUGGCUACCUGCAGAGGCACAGCGUCUCCGACCUGGAGAAGCAUUUAGCCCAGCUCACCAAGGAAGUAACGCUGGCGGAGGAGCUGCAGUGCCCGGAGAGGCUCAAGACCAUCAGGAAGCUGCAGGGGAAGCGACUGGGCCAGCUCCAGCCCCUGCCCCAGACGUUGAGCGCCUGGGCGCUGCUCCAGCUGGAUGGGACCCCGCGGGCGUGCCAGGUGGCCAGUGAGCGCCUGGCCAGCGCAGCCGGGAAUAGGAGCUUUCGAGAAAAGGCUCUGCUCUUCUACACGGACGCCCUGACGGGGAAGGACGCGAGACUCCAGCAAGCCGCGUGCGUGGCACUAAGACACCUCGGGGGCGUCGAGAGCAUCGAUCAGAUUGCCAGCCUGUGCCAGUCUGACCUGGAGUCUGUGCGGGCGGCAGCCCGGGAAGCGACGCUGUCCUUCGGUGAAAAGGGACGCUUAGCUUUCGAGAAGAUGGACAAACUCUACUCAGAACAAAGAGAAGCCUUUUGCCCGGACGCAGAUGUUGAAAUCACAAUAUUUUAAAAAGCCUGAACCGACGAGCUCAAAUCUGGCCUGUUUUGCUGCUGUUCAGCCUAGACACGGCCUGAGUUCUGGGUGUGGGCCACACUGAGCGGCCCGCACCCCAAGCGUUCGUAGGCCAGAGCUACUUCCUGAGGCUCCCGGGCAAGCAGUGCUUUUGUCCAGGAGCAGAUAAGGGGACCGCACUCCAAUAAACCUUCGCCUUCUGGCCGAGACUGACCGUCCCAUGAUGUAGAGCUGGGGCAGCUCCAGUCAGCCAUGCAGCGGCGGGGCCAAGGCCUGGAAUAAAAGGCUCCACGAGGAGAAUGCGGCCUCCCAGCAGGUCACUGGCUCAGCCCUCCAGGUUCUGUAGACUGGGACAGAGGCAGCAAGCAGGCCGACCCGCCUUGCAGAGGACGGCGCGCGGUGGGGUCGAAUCAACGGCAGCAGGCUGUCCCCAGGGGCGAGCUGGGAAGGGGCUGUCAGGGGGUCUCCUAUUAACUCUCUUCACGAAAGCUGCAGCUCAGAGGCCACUGGGGAGUCUGAUGGCUGACGGUGACCUUGUUCUGUGCUCAAUGGUAGGAAGCAGGAUAUGCCUUUGGCGAGAAGCCUUGGGCGUCAUGUUGGUAAAAGCAUCUGCUUUGACCACGUUCAGCAAAAUGGAAUCCAACUUUUGAAGCAAGUCAACUUAGGGCCUAUUCAAAUAACUACUUCUGAAGCCAUUAGCUAGUUUGAAGAAAGGUUUCACUACAAAAGUAUGUUGCUUUAAACAAAGAAAAUUCAUUUUCUAGUUAAGUCUAUUAAGAAACCCCCACGUGUCCCGAGGUACAUGUGUGAUGUGGAAGUGGCCCUGGGCCCGAAGGUGGCCGCCGCAGAGCCACUGGAAGCUGUAACUUAAACACGCUCAUUUAAAGUUCCGGUAUCUAUUUUGUGCUGUUUGGUUUAACUUAGUAUUUAUUUGCCUUGUUGCUAUGUUCCAUUUUCUGAAAUCCAAUUAAACAUUUUUUAUUGGUGUUGCACGUUACCUGAAAGUUUG